AGAAUCGGACUGAAAAUAUUCAUCCGAACCACAGAUUUUCGAUCCGCGACUCAAAUUUCUUUGAUCUGAAAGGAAUUCAGUGAUGAUUCGCUUCUAACACAUAACAAAAACACUUUUCUUUUAGAAUACGUAGAGUUAUGAUUGUUUGUGUAAUAAUUCUCUCAUUGUUUAUUAGAACAAUUAAUGGUCAAGAAUGGCCAUAUAUGAAUGCAUCAUUAGACUAUGUUCAAUUACUCGGUCUAUUUCCUGCUUAUGACUCUCAGUUAUUUUCACGUGAGUUUUCUGGACCAACAUCAUGGGCAUUACAUUGUCGCUCAAUGUUUAAAUCAGCUAUUUUACUGGCACAACGUUCUGGUAUUCUAUUAGAAAAUCGUUACCUAAUACAUUAUGCAGAAGUUGUAACCAAUAGUAACGAUAAUGGUUUAUCCAUCUUGGAUCAUACAUGUCAAAAAGUGACACAAAUGAAUAUUACUGGUAUUGUUGGCCCAGCAUAUUCAAGUGAAGUACUAUUUAUUGCACCGUAUACAUCACGUAUUGGUUUACCAUUAAUUUCAUACAGUGCAACAAAUCCGGAUUUAUCUGAUACAUCAAUGUAUCCGUCAUUUUAUCGUCUUGCACCAUCAAAUAGUAAUUUAGCUUUAGCCAUUAUUAAAUUAUUUGAAUUAUAUAAAUGGCAUACAUCAAUUUAUUUAUUUCAAAAUGAUGAUUAUGGUUAUGCAGGAAUGAAAUUGUUCCGAGAGUUAUAUUCAAUGAAUAUAACAUUAACAGAUAUCAUCACAUUUGAUCUAAAAAAACAUGAAUUUCAAACAAAUAAUAUUAAUACAAUAUUUAAACAAAGUAAAUCGCGUAUUGUACUAGUCUGGGCAAAUGAAAAUUCAACAAAAACAAUUCUUAAAUAUGCUUUAGAACACCAACUUAUUGGCAGAUAUUUUACUUGGAUUGUUACGUCGAAAGUACAUUUGCACAAUUUAAUAUCUUUAUCAUCACAACCAAAUGUGGUUAAAGAAAACUUAAUUGGCCUAUUAACAAUUGAACCAACAGUGACUGAUACUGUAAGCAAUGAAACGUUAUUAAAUCUAGCAAUUGAUAUAUGGAAACAAUAUGAUGAAUAUACAUUUCCUGGUAAUCGUUAUCUUGUAAGUCCGUUUGCUUUAUUUGUAUUUGAUGCAACGUGGACGUUAAUAUUAACAUUACAAAAACUAUGUUCAGAAACUCCGUCAUGUAUUAGUUGUAUCAAUAAAUCCUAUUGUUUUCAUGCUAACUUUACACAAUCUGAUUUAUACCAUCGCCUAUUACGGAAAAUUUCAUUUCUGGGUGUAACAGGUCGAGUAGAAUUUUGUAAUCAAACAAAUGACCGUUUAAAUGGUGCCUAUUAUCAUCUGAGAAAUGUACAGCCACAAUUAUCAUCUGAUGGGAAAAAAUCUCUACUUCAAUUAGUUAAUGUUUUAAAGUGGAAUGAAACAAUUAAGCAAUGGUACAAUGAUACAACAACGCCUAAACCAAUUGUAUGGCCAAAUAGAUCAGAGCAUAUACCUAGUGAUCAUCCAGUAAUUAAAGGUAUCACAAUUCGUAUAGCUGUUAUUGAAUCAGCACCAUUUGUUAUGUCUGAAAAUUUGACUGCUACUGGUGAUAAUGGUAAUCGUCAUGAUGAUAGUAUUCUUGUAAAUAAUAAUACAAUUUUACUACGUGGUUUAUGUAUUGAUCUGAUCAAUAAACUGCACGAAAAAAUGGAAUUUAAUUAUAAUGUCAUUCUAGUUGAUCGUUCUACACAAUAUAAUGAAUUAGUUUUUGGUAUUAAUGAGAAGUUAUACGAUAUUAUUAUAUCAGAUGUAACAAUCACAACAAAUCGUUUACAAAAAGUUGAUUUUUCAAUACCAAUACAUGAGAAUUCUGUUCGUGUUGUUGUUCGACAAUCGCAAUCAUCCUAUUCAGAUUUAUUUUCAUAUUUAAAACCAUUUUCUUUGAAAUUAUGGUUAGCUAUAUUAGGUAUCGUACUCUAUUCUGGUUGUUUACUAUGUUAUUUCGAACGUACAACAACAACAAAAACCUUGCGUAAUCAAACAACCACAGUCGAACCAAAAUCUGUUCAUCAAACCAUUACUUUAAGUUUAUAUUAUGCAUGGUCAAGUUUAGUCAAUAUGGGUGGUGGUGGUGGUUUUGUUUUAUUUUCUACAGCUAGUAGGAUAUUAACUAUUGGUCUAUCAACGAUAUCAUUAAUUCUUCUAGCAACAUAUACUGCUAAUUUAUCGUCAUUUUUAACAUUACAACGUACACAGCCAACAAUUUCUGGUAUUGAUGAUAUUAAAAAUGGUCGUGUCUCUUAUAACCGCAUCGGUAUUGUUGUUGGUUCAGCUAGUUAUGAAUAUUACAUUAAUAAUGUAUCAAAAUACUUUUAUCCGUUAAAAUCUUCCAAUGAAAUUUAUGUUAAUUUGCUAAACGAGAAUAUUGAUGCAGCUCUAUGGGACAAUACAUCUUUAGAAUACGAAAUUCGACACAGUUAUUGUUCAAAAUUAGCUGUUGUUGGUUUAGGUUUUGCAAAAUCAUCAUUUGGUAUUGUUAUGGAAAAAAAUUGGCCAUAUAAACAUGAUUUAGAUUUAAAUAUUGUUUCACUAAGAGAAUCGAAUUAUUUUGAUACAAUUGAACGUGAAUGGUUUCAUUAUAAAACACCUACUAUAAUCGGAGGUUCAUCAUCGAAUGAACAUUGUUUUAUACAUAGUAACGAUGAUGAUAAUGAAAAAUUGAGUAUAACAAUUGAAAUAAUGAUCGGGUUGUUUCUUACAUUUUUUUUAAUUAGUCUAUUAGCUGUUAUUGCACAUUUAUGGGAACAACGACAUAAUUUAAAAGAAUUAGCACUGAAAUUAAAAACACAAUCAAAUUGUGAUCAAUCAGUUCGUUGUUGUUAUCGAGGUAGAAGUCAAACUAAAUAA